AUGGGGCGGCGAUCUUUUGUGCCUGCACGAGUAAUAGUACUUUUGUGUGGUUGUUUAAUUUGCGUCAUAUGUACUAUUACUCUUUCAUUAACGUGCAGUUGCGAGGAGCAGUUUACAUCUAGUAGAUUGCGCAGUUUUGCUGCAUCGAGCUUGCAUAAGCAUAAAGACUUACCUUCAACAUAUUUGGCUAUUGUGAUAAUGUCAUCUCCAGAUGAUGAUGUGGUACGCGCUGUUAUUCGCAACACUUGGUUGAAAUUAUCUUCUAAAGGUAAAGCAACAUUUCGCUAUGCUUUCCCGAUUGGGACAAAGAACCUGAGUUUGUCUUUCAAGGAACGUCUCAAAAAAGAAAGUAAUUUGUUUAAUGAUCUGAUUUUUCUGGAGGACCUCGCAGAUGCCUACCAGAAUUUAACGAAGAAGUCUUUACUUUCUAUGCAAGCUAUGCACAAUAUGUAUAAAUUUGAAUUCUUGUUAAAGGUGGAUUCUGAUUCGUUUGUACGUUUGGGAGCAUUUUUAAAAGCAUUAAAGGAUAUUGCGAAUCCAAAUUUAUACUGGGGUUUCUUGGAUGGAAGGGGAAGACCAAAACGAAGAGGGCAGUGGGCUGAAAGAGAUUGGAUUAUAUGUGAUCGCUAUGUUCCUUAUCAGCUUGGAGGAGGUUAUGUCUUGUCCUAUAAAUUGGUCGACUUCUUCGUGCGGAACAAAGAUCUGCUGAAAAUUUACAAGAAUGAAGAUGUGUCGAUAGGCGCAUGGUUAGCAGGUCUUUCUGUUCACUAUGUUCAUGAUCCUCGUUUUGAUACCGAAUUCAGUUCCAGAGGAUGCAAUAAUCAAUAUAUUAUUACACAUAAGCAAACACCGGAUUCUUUAAAGAAAUUAUAUGCUUCAGUUGUAAAUACUGGUAAGCUUUGUGAAAAGGAGUAUCGCAUCCGACCAUCUUACGUUUAUGACUGGUCGGUUCCACCGAGUAUGUGCUGCACUCGACAAAAUGGUUCUGACAUACCGUAA